CGUCGCCCCGCCCCUGCCGCCGACACCGCCGCCAUUUUGACAAGCGGCAAGCGUCCGGCUGCGGGAGUUGCAGGCGGCGGCUGUGGUCUCUCUGGAAUAACUUUAUCUCAGGACAGCGCUUGUGCGUCCAUUCCACCCUCUCCACCAGAAAUGGCCAAUGUGCUCUGUAACAGAGCCAGGCUCGUUUCCUAUCUCCCAGGAUUUUGCUCUUUAGUUAAAAGGGUUGUCAGUCCUAAAGCCUUUUCAACUGCUGGAUCUUCAGGUUCUGAUGAAUCUCAUGUGGCCACUGCUCCCCCAGAUAUAUGCUCUCGAACAGUCUGGCCUGAUGAAACUAUGGGACCUUUUGGACCUCAGGAUCAGAGAUUUCAGCUUCCUGGAAACAUAGGCUUUGAUUGCCACCUUAAUGGAACUGCAGCACAGAAGAUAAGCCAGGUCCAUAAAACUUUACCUGAUGUUUUAGCAGAACCUUUAUCAACUGAAAGACAUGAGUUUGUGAUGGCACAAUAUGUGAAUGAAUUUCAGGGUAAUGAUACAGCUAUUGAACAAGAAAUUAAUAGUGCAGAAACCUAUUUUGAGAGUGCCAAAGUAGAGUGUGCAAUUCAAACAUGUCCAGAAUUGUUGCGAAGAGAUUUUGAAUCACUGUUUCCUGAGGUUGCCACCAACAAACUUAUGAUUCUGACUGUAACACAAAAAACUAAGAAUGAUAUGACGGUUUGGAGUGAGGAGGUAGAAAAUGAAAGAGAGCUACUCUUAGAGAAGUUCAUCAGUGGUGCUAAGGAAAUUUGCUAUGCUCUUCGAGCUGAAGGAUAUUGGGCUGACUUUAUUGAUCCAUCAUCUGGUUUGACAUUUUUUGGACCUUAUACAAACAACACUCUCUUUGAGACAGAUGAACGUUACCGACAUUUAGGAUUCUUUGUUGAUGAUCUUGGCUGCUGUAAAGUGAUCCGUCAUAGUCUCUGGGGUACCCAUGUGUUUGUAGGAAGUAUCUUCACUAAUGCCACACCAGACAGCCAUAUUAUGAAGAAAUUAAGUGGAAACUAACAGUAAUAUCAAGAUACUUGCUGUACUACUUGUAUAUAACAUUUGGGUAUUUGGGUUGAUCUAUAAACACUUGUCAAAGGCUUAA